AUGAAUGUGAAACUCAUCCUGUCUACUGAAUGGGCCAAGUUCAGCAGGAAGCAGAAAAAGGCACUGGCAGGCAUAUUCCAGGCAGUGACCUCGGCCCACAGGCACCUGUUGCAUUCCCGUGCUGGGCUCUCUUUGCACCUGAGCAGCACUGGGAUAGACCAAAAGUGUGUCCUGGCCAAUCCGGAAGCGGUGGUCAUCGGGUCCACUGAGGGGAUUGGCUUCGCCAUGGCGCGGCGCCUGGCCCAGGACGGGGCCCACGUGGUCAUCAGCAGCCAGAAGCAGCAGAACAUGGACCGGGCAGUGGCCGCGCUGCAGGGGGAGGGGCUGAGCGUGGCGGGCACCAUGUGCCACGUGAGGAAGGCCAAGGACCAGGAGCGGCUGGUGGCCACGGUCCUGGAGCACUAUGGGGGCCUGGACUUUUUGGUGUGCAAUGCAGGUGUCAACCCCCUGGUGGGAAGCACCCUGAAGGCCAGUGAGGAGGUAUGGGACAAGAAUUUUCACAUUCUGAACGUGAAUGUGAAGUCCCCGGCCCUGCUGCUGAGCCAGCUGCUGCCCCACAUGGAGAACGGGGGUAGGUUGCAGCGUGGGGGGGCGGUCGUCCUGGUUUCCUCCAUUGCAGCCUGUAUACCACAUGUGAAACUGGGUCCCUAUAAUGUCAGUAAGACGGCCACGGGCCUCACCAGGACGCUGUCAUGGGAGCUGGCCCCCAAGGACAUCCGGGUGAACUGCCUAGUUCCAGCAGUAAUCGAGACCAACUUCAGCCAAGUGGUGAGGACCAGGGCGUAUCCCCCAUUUCCCAGCCCGGCUCAGUGGAAACCUCCCCAGUGACUAAGGGAUAAGCCUCAGAUUAGCGUCCCUAACAGCUGAGGUCCUCGUUGUCCUUUGAAUUCAGCCAUGACUCAGCCCAUCACCCCUGAGAAAGGCAAAUCUGCCAUGAGUGCUCUGUCACAGGAUCAUCUGGGGCCCUGCCCAUCUCCUUGUUUUAGCAGCCCUGACUCUCUCACAUCUUCCCUUUGCCCAGUUACACAAGGAUGAGGUUUUCUGGAACAAUUUCAAGAAAGAGCACCAGCUGCAGAAGCAAGUG